AGUAGUAGUGGAAGGAGGUGGAAAUAAAUGGGAAGCACAGGAACCGGGACACUUAUCCGUCAAAGCAAUACAAGUCAUUUUUCACCAAAACUGCAUUGAAUUUCUUUAAUUCUCAAAAAAUAAAUAAAAAAAGAAAAGAAACAAACGUCAUAGGUAGCUCAGUCCUCUUUCCCAUGUCUCUCUAUCUUAACGCGGAAUCAUCAAUCUUUCUCUUGAAAAUCCGCCCUCUUUGUAAAGACCAAAUCUUCUUCUCUCUUUUAACUUUCAACAUUCAAACAAACCAUAAUAAACAACUGAAACCCAUUUUUCAAUUUGCUCUUCUUCUCGUUUUAUGAGCCAGGAAAUUGUGGAGAUUUUGUGGUUGCAGAGAUCUUGAUUGUUUAUAAGGAUAAAGAAACCAAAGGUUUGUGCUACUUCAAAAUCUCUUCUUUCUCUCAAAUUAAAGAAAUAAAGAUCUUCCAUUCUUGUUGAAAAAGUUUCCUUAGAGGUUGGUAGUUUUUUAUGGCUACUGCCGCUAUAUUUUCUUCUCUAAGGCGGCGACGAUCGCCGUCUUUAGAGGUUUUCCUGGCACCGGUUGAUUUUACCGACGUGGGACUUGUACAGACUCUUGUAUCAUUGUCAACAGAGCUGGUGUCUUCUUUCUCAGGGAAGUCACUCUUCUUUCAAAGAAAGAAUUCUCGUUCUUUAAUUCGUAAAAUUGAAAUCUUUGUUGUUUUAUUGGAGUAUCUGAGGGACUCUGGGGUUGGUUCUGCUUUAUCUUCUCCCACAUUUGCUUGUUUUAAAGAGCUUUAUUUGUUGCUGUACCGCUCAAAAAUAUUGCUUGAUUAUUGUGUGCGAUCCAGCAAAUUAUGGUUGUUGCUUCAAAACCAUUCGAUUUCAGGGCAUUUUCAUGAUUUGAAUCAGGAAAUAUCUACCCUUUUGGAUGUUUUUCCAUUGGAUGAUGUUGAACUGAGUGAGGAUGUUAGGGAACAGAUUGAUCUUAUGCAAACACAAUCAAGGAGAACGAGGUUAUUGAUUGAUAAGGAUGAGGAGGCUUUGAGAGUCAGGUUGUUUUCGUUUCUUGAUGAGUUUGAGAAUGGAAGGAUUCCUGGUCUGGCGGAGUUGAGGUUGUUUUUUGUGGAGGGUUUGGGGAUUAAAGAUGCCAAGAGUUGUAUAACAGAAAUUGAGUUCUUGGAGGAGCAAAUUGUUAGUCACGAGGGAGAUAUUGAGCCCACAACUUCAGUGCUUAAUGGGUUUGUCGCAAUUGCUCGGUAUUGUAGGUUUUUGCUUUACGGGUUUGGGGAAAACGAGGUGGAGUUGCAAAUUGGGAAUCAGAAGAGGCGGAGAAAAGGGUUGAUUGCUCAAGAGAUUGCAGAAACUUUUAUUACAAUACCCAAGGAUUUUUUCUGUCCGAUAUCGUUGGAUUUGAUGCGAGAUCCGGUGAUAAUUUCAACUGGGCAGACUUAUGAUCGGAGUUCAAUCUCUAGGUGGAUGGACGAAGGGCACUGUACUUGCCCCAAGACGGGGCAGAUACUCAUGAACACUCGCCUUGUUCCAAAUCGGGCUUUGAGGAAUCUGAUCGUGCAAUGGUGUACUGCUCAUGGAAUCCAUUAUGACCCUCCAGAGAAUACAGAUUCAUCUGUGGAGGCUUUUGCAGCGACUAUGCCUUCCAAAGCUGCAAUUGAAGCCAACAGAGCUACAGCAACGCUUCUAAUUCAUCAGCUGGCAAAUGGUUCGCAAGGUGCAAAGACUGUGGCUGCUCGUGGGAUACGUUUGUUAGCAAAAACUGGAAGAGAAAACCGUGCUUUCAUUGCAGAAGCUGGUGCGAUUCCCUACCUUUGUGAACUGCUGUCUUCUACAAACUCUGUUGCACAAGAGAAUUCUGUAACAGCAAUUCUUAAUUUAUCCAUUUAUGAAAAGAAUAAAAGCCGAAUUAUGGAUGAAAAAGGUUGUCUGGGUUCGAUUGUUGAAGUAUUGAGGUUUGGACUCACAACAGAGGCAAGGGAAAAUGCAGCAGCGGCAUUGUUUAGCCUGUCAGCUGUUCAUGACUACAAGAAGAGAAUAGCAGAUGAGGAAGGGGCAGUUGAAGCCUUAGCUGGCCUAUUGAGAAAAGGGACACCACGUGGGAAGAAGGACGCCGUCACAGCUUUAUUUAAUCUGUCAACUCAUACAGAAAAUUGUGUGAGAAUGAUAGAAGCAGGUGCAAUUGCAGCACUAGUCGGGGCUUUGGGAAAGGAAGGGGUUGCAGAGGAAGCAGCCGGUGCAUUGGCUUUGAUUGUGAGGCAACCAAUUGGGGCUAAAGCAGUGGGGGAAGAGGAAAUGGCCGUGGCAGGGCUAAUAGGAAUGAUGCGUUGUGGAACACCAAGAGGAAAAGAAAAUGCUGUUGCUGCACUGCUUGAGUUAUGCCGGAGUGGCGGGACAGAUGCAACUGAGAAAGUGCUCAAGGCACCGGCAUUGGCGGGUUUGCUUCAGAGUCUGCUGUUCACAGGCACAAAGCGGGCAAGAAGGAAGGCAGCAUCACUUGCCAGAGUGUUUCAGAGGUGUGGGAAUUAUCCAUUGCAGUUUGGCGGAUUAGGUGCCGGAUAUGCAUUCGCUGGAAACUCAGCUGCAAAUAGGGAUCCAAGUUUUGUCAGCGAAGUGUCAGUGCCUGUGUCCAUAUCAGUGUCUGUUUUAUAGUGAUUAAAGUCCAAACUUUUCAUUGUCUACCCUGCUUAUAGAUGUUCCGCAAUAUUUACGAAUUCUUUCAUUGAAAUUUUAGAUGAUAAAGAGAGAAAAUUUACAGAAA